AAAUACGAGAUCGCCCGAAAUCAAACCGAAUCCAAAGUUCACGUAUUUUUCUGUGUGUGGUGUGUGGUGUUUGUUCAAAAAAUGUCUAUUAUUGUGAUUUGUGAUGCCGGUGCUUUUUAAAUUGAAAUAGACAAACGUUUUAAUUAGUCAGCAAAAUGGAGUCUCUUCAAAGAAUAAAUUUAUACGUGACAUUUGUGGAAAAAGAAGGUCCAUUUUUAAAACUAUAUGGGCAAACCGACAAGAACAAUUCUUUAUACGUAGAACAAUUUCUUGCUCAAGUUGCACCUCAAUUCGACCUCGGUGUAGGAAAGAUAUCUCCAGAAACACUACCACCUGGAACCCUAAUUUGUGCAAAAUAUAAAGACAAUAAAUAUUACCGAGCGAAAAUCUUGAACAGCCCAUUUGUACGGGAAGGUAGUUUGGAGGUUAGCUUUAUAGACUUCGGUAAUAAAGGAAUAGUGUCCACCGGAUCUAUAAGAUCAUUUCAUAAUUUUCAAUCUACCAUUAUUAGCAUUCCUCCUCUAGCUGUAGGUUUCAUUUUUGCCGAAGCUCACUGUGUUGGAGGUGGGGAAUGGAAUGACACUAUUUUUGAGAGCAUUGCUAAAGAAAUUAAGUAUAGAGAGGUCCAGUGCACUUUGCUGUCACAAGCUACCAAUUACUUCCUAGUGAGGAUAGUUGUAGAAGGAACAGAUUUAUGUAGCAUCUUAAUCCAAAGGGGCUUGAUGCAACCCAUUUCACUUCAAGCGCAGCAAGCAGUUCUUUUAAGCAUGAGUAUGCAAAAGCAAGGAAGUCAAUCUCAAAACCAUUCAACAAGUAGUUCUAACCCACAGAUUAACACUUACAAAGCUUGUUCCUUAGAGCCAGGUUGUCAAUACCCAGUAUAUGUUUCUUAUGUUAAUGACGGCCCCUGUCAUUUUUCUGUGCAACUUAAACAGACUGAAGAUGCACUUGUUAUGUUAAUGAAUGAUAUAAACUCAAUUAAUUUAAGAUUAUUAGAAGAUAUUCCUAUUCCUGGCACCAUAUGUUUAGCAAGAUGUAUUGAAGAUAGUAACAUAUGUAGGGCUGUGGUUACUAAUGAAGUUGACACACAGUUUAAAGUGUUUUAUGUUGACUUUGGCAAUUAUGAGGUAUUACCUUUAGAGGCUCUUUAUCAAAUACCUUUCAAAUAUGUCCUGCCAAAAGUGAUGGCAAUCCGCUUUGCUUUAGCUGGCGUAGAAAAAUCCACUGUGACUAUGGAUAUGCAAAUAGCAUUUAAGAAAUUUGUUGACAACAGAUUAUUGCAUAUGAAAGUAUUGCCGUCACCUACAAGAACUGCUUUGCCCAAAUGUGAGCUGUGUGAUCCAGAAACAAAGACUAGUGCUUUGGAUGUGGUGAUAAGAUCUGCCAAACAUUCUUAUCCAGAACCAGUGGCAUUAACAAGAGGUUUUAGUCAACCCGUUAAAGUCAGUUUUGUCUACAGUUGCAGCAGAUUCUACGUCCAACUAGUACAUAAAGAAUCUGAGCUAGCAUCUCUCAUGACUGAAUUACAAGAGGUGUGUAUGUCGAGUGACCCCAUGGAUCCAACUGCCAUCAAAGUUGACCUUCCUUGUUGCGCCCUCUUCAGUGCUGAUGGCCUUUGGUAUCGAUCACAAGUAGUAGAGGUCGUUAAUGAUAACAUAAAAGUACGCUAUAUUGACUAUGGUAAUGAAGAAACAGUACCUGUAGACCAGCUGAAAACUAUCGAAGGUGAAAUCUUGACUGUUCUAAGACCGCAAGCAAUUGAAUGCUGCCUUAACGGGUAUCAGAAUAUGGAACCUGAUGAUGAACGGGAUGCAUUACUGGAAGAAUUAAUUCUGGAAGGCGUUUUUACUAUGAAAGUUGUGGAUACUUUAAAUAAGAAGACUUUAGUAGAUCUGUUUGAUGGAUCUGAUUACAAUGUGGCAUCUUUGUUGUUGGAUAAAUUAGCUGCAGCUAAAUCACAAAUGAGUCCAGUAUUGGCAGUCCAGGCAGGUAACAAAAUUGAACACAGAAAAUCGUACACCACACAAAGGGAACAACAAAAUUUCAAUAAAGGCGAGAAGAACUAUAACACUGGACGUGAACAAAAGAGUUGGGACAAACCUAACGACAGAAGCGAUAGAAACGAACGAACCGAAAAAUCUUGGAGGCAAGAUAACCGAGAAAAUAGAAACUACGACAAAAAUUCGAAUGAAAACGAAGAUAAAAACUCUUGGAGACAAAAUAAUAAAGGUUUUAGUCCGAAUAAUCGAUUUGACAAACCUAGACAAGAUUCCUGGAACACAAAUGAUAAUACUGUCAAUAAUAACGCAGAUUGGGAAGAUAGUACUAAAUCUAAUCCUAAACCUAAGGAUAGCUGGAAUAAACCGAGUAAUAAUGCAUCACAAGAUACUUGGAAUAACAAAGACAGUAAUAAUGAGUGGGGAACUCCUGCCAACAACAUUGAGGAUGACAGACCCCAAAGAAAUGAUUUUAAGGGAGGAUAUAACAACAGGGAGGGAACAGGAGGAGGAGAUCGAUACGGUGGAAAACCAAGGGAUGGUUUCAUAAAAAAACGAGAGUACAGGAAGGAUGAAUCUGAAUCGAGUUUCGGCGGCUCGGAAAAAGGCUUUCACAAAGGCCCCCGGAGCAGUACCCGCAACGACAACACUCGCGGUGGCCACACUUUCGACAAACCUCGAAGUACCUACAACCGAGAUAACAGAAACGGCGGCGGGGAUUCCUGGAAUGCCACUACUACCACCGAAGAUUCUUGGAACGUGAGCGCUGUGACACCCAGUAUAGAUGCCGCUCCCGCUACAGCUACUUUUAAUGAUUACGACGUUAUUGGUACCGAAGAAAACGUUCUUAUAAGUUGGUUCCAUAAUCCUGGAUUAUUUUAUGUUCAACAGGUUAAUUGUCAGGCAACUUUCAAAACUAUGAUGGAAGAAAUUUGCGAAUUCUAUAAAGACAAAAAACCCGACCGCGUCGCAAAAGGAGCCCCCAUCAUAGCUCUCUUCGACGAGGACAAAGUCCUCUACAGGGCACGAGUCGUAGAAGUAUUGGGCACUCAAUACAAAGUGUACUACGUCGAUUUCGGCAAUGUUUCUACCGUUUCCAAGGCUUACCCCAUAGAAAAGAAGUUUAUGGAUCUUCCCGCCCAAGCGAUACCGUGUUCCUUAAACGGUAUAUCUCCUCCUAGCGGGGAAUGGGCGGAUCCAGAUAGUUAUAGCAGUUAUUUUGAUAAGGAAACUUUCCUUUGUCGAUUUGUCAAUAAGGAUGAAGAAAAAACUUAUGUAAAUAUAUUCCUCGACACGGAAGACAUCGGACAGCUCUUAGUAAACAAUGGUUUAGCCGUAUCUACUGGUCCUAGUGUUCCUGACAUAGAAAUACCUCUUUUGUUGGGACAACAAUUCCGAGCUAUAGUAAAAAGCGUCAAUAAUCUCAGUGACAUAAUUUUGGCGUUAGAAUGUGGACUGGCGAUUGGCUGUACCAUGCACAAUUUAGAGACUGCAGUCGAAUCUUUCGAGGACGUCCUUAAAGGCUUAUUGGAGCAGGCUGUGAUUGUUUAUGUUGAUAAUGUUUUAGAAGAUUAUAGAUUAGAAGUUACGUUAUAUGAUACCGAAGGUAAUAAACACGUUGUACUAAACCCAGAUGACGGCGCGUUUGAAACUGUGGACAUUCCUUGUCCUAUGCUUGUCCUCAGAUCUGUAAUAUCAGGAUAUGUACCACAUGCAGAUGAAACCUCUGUUUAUAUUCAACCCAAUGACUAUGCAGAUCUCGUCAUCUCCCUACUCGACCAACUAUUUGAAGAGUAUGAUGGAAAAGAACAUGAUAGUACCAUAAUUCCUGAAGAAGGUAUGCUUUAUGCCAUUCAUAGUGAAGACGGUAACUGGUAUAGAGGGAAAGUCAUCAGUUUUGACGAUGAAAAAGCUACAGUCAAUUAUGUCGAUUACGGAAAUUCAGAAGAUGUGGCUUUUGUCGAACUUAGAGAAUUGGCAACAAAGUUUUUGAAUAUCAACAUUUUGAGUUUACAGGUUAACAUUUCCUCUGGUGCUGAAUCUUUUAUUGAUAAAAAUGUGACAGCUAACAUAUAUUUCGGCGAGGCAGGAUGGGAAGGAACACUCCAACUUUUGGACUCUUCUCAUACAGCUGCAGUUGCGGAAACAGAAGUUAUAGAAUCACUUGAAAGCACUGAUACUGGAUUUGCAACCAGCAGCAUUGAAAAACCGGACAAUUUACACGAACUUACUGAAAACACGGAAAGUACUGUUGUGAUGGAAAAUGAGGCGCCAAUUUCCGUUCCUCUUGAGGAAGAAAAAAAUGUCGAACCAAUGAUUGGCAAUAUGGUUAUUAUGAGCCACAUCGACACCCCUAGCGACUUUUAUCUUCAGUUCUAUGAAGCCAUCGAUGAGAUCAAUGCCCUACAAGCGGAACUUCAAGAAAACGUACCUGAACUAGAGGUUCUAGAGAAUCCUAUUCACGGGUCACUUUGUGCCGCGCCAUAUUCUGCAGACCAGCAGUGGUACAGGGCCGAAGUUUUAGAUGCCGAUGAAGACAUUACAACAGUCAGAUUUAUUGAUUUUGGUAACACCGAUGUUAUCGAUAACAACACCACCAAAGUUAAGACUUUACCACCAAAGCUGUUGUCCCUGGCAAUCUACGCGACAAGAUGUGCUCUAAAAAUUCAACCCAUUGAGGAAGAGUGGAGCAGCAUGGCAUGCACACUUUUUGAAACAUUAUCCAAUGCCGGUACUUUGACGGCCGAAUUUUACGAACAGGACGAAAAGUGCACUUACGUCGAUCUGUAUACCGACGGCAUCAAUAUUAGAGAAGCUUUAAUUAGGGAAAAUUUCGCCAAGAGUGCUACGAAAGCGACUGAAGGCAAUCAGACCGGUUUUGUCAGCCACUUGAACUCACCCUCAGAGUUCUGGAUCCAACUAGAAAAUUGCGUUGACGAACUAGAAUGGAUAGCAGAACAACUCAGUAAUGCAGAAUCAUUCCCAGAACUCGAGGAGCUGACUCCAGGCACGCUGUGCGCCGCCCUUUUCCCCGAUGAUCAAAUGUGGUACCGCGCAAGAAUCCUGUCAAAUACCGUUGCCGGAAUCGAGCUCUUGUUUAUCGAUUAUGGAAAUUGCUGUACAAGUUCGAGCCUAAGGCAGUUACCAGAAGAUUUAGUUAUAACAGCUCCUCUGGCGUUGAAAUGCAGUUUACAAAAAAACGAGGGGAUUUCUAUGUGGUCUCCAGAAGCAGCGACCAAAUUCUCAGACAUCUCGGCCGAUGGUCAAGCCAUAUUCACUGUCAAGAAAAUCAGUACAGGUGAAACAUCCGUAGUACAACUGUUAUUAAACGGACAAGACGUAACUACUAUGUUGUUGCCCUCUACGGAAGAGGGAUUGGUCAAAGAGGUCGAAACGUUGGAGAAAUUGAGCAUAGAAAGGGAGAACGGCGAAAAUGUCGAAGUUGCUUUGGAACCGUUGGACGGACAAGUGUUGGAUGAAGAGGCAAAAGAGAAAUUCGAGGAGUUAAAUGAACAAGGUUCAACCAGGUUCCAGAUAGAAUUCGUCGAUGAAAAAACCGUCAGGUUGUACCUCGCUGGUAAAGAUAUCCGGCCACUACUAGGAUCAUUUAAAAAUGCUGUCAUUAAACCUCCAAAAUUUGUAGAAUUAGACACAACGAAUAGUUUAGACGCUUCCGAAGAUACUGCACAGCCACAAGAUGAAAUUGCUGAGAAAAAUUUUAAUUCACAAGGCAGUUUGGAUGCCAACAUUGAUUGUGUAAUUAAUGAAAAUAUUUCAGAAGAACAAGUUCAAGUUGUUUUCCAUCCAGAAAUAAGUGAUAAAAUAGGAGAUGUCCAGGAAAAAUGUCUUGAGACUGAUUUAGAGGCUGCAGAACCCGAAAUAAAGAGUGUUUUAAAUGUUAUGGAACCUUUAGUGGAUGAUGAUAGUGAUAACACCUUAAUAACAACUUAUAAAGACACAACGGAAGAACCUGAUUUAGACUUACAAGCUGAACCUUGUGAAAUCAAAGAUAACUUAACAUCAAUUCCUGAAUCAGAGUUAGUAGGUGAAGUACAUGAUGAAGAUGCAGUAAUAACUAAACAGUUAUUGCCAAAAGAUGAAUCUGUAAAAGUUGAUCUUGAAGAAUCUGCUGGAUUAACUUGUACAACUGAUUCCAAUAUCCAUGAAGUUCAAUUAGGUCCCGAACUAGAAACAUUUAUUGAAUUAUCUGAAGCAACCGAUUCUGAAAUCCAGGCAGCUAAAAUGAACACUGACCUAGAAGCAUCUAAUGAAUGUGCAGCUGAUUCUGAUAUCCAAGAAAUUAAAAUAUGCCCUGCAUCUAGUGAUUUAACUGAUUCUGACUUCCAGGGAAGUAAAAUAGGUCCUGGGCUAGAAGCAGCUAGUGAAUUAACUUGUACUAAUGAUUCAGAUACACAGGAAGUUAAAUUAGACACUAAGCUAGAAGCAUCUUCUGGAGUAACUGAUUCUGACAUCCAGGAAGUUAAAAUAGGCCUUGAGCUAGAAACAUCAAAUGACUUAACUUGUACUACUGAUUCAGAUAUCCAGGAAGUUAAAUUAGACACUGAACUGGAAUCCUCUAAUAAAUCAACAUUUCCACCUGAUUCUGAUAUCAGUGAAAUUCAAAUUUGCACUGACCUAGAAGCAUCCAGUGGAUUAACUGGGACAACAGAUUCUGGCGCCCAGGAAGUUAAAAUAUGCACUGACUUAGAAGCAACUGAUUCUGACAUCCAGGAAGUUAAAAUAGGCCUUGAGCUAGAAACAUCUAAUGAAUUAACUUGUACUACUGAUUCAGAUACACAGAAAGUUAAAUUAGAUACUGAGCUAGUAGAAUCCAGCGAAUUAACUGAAGUAACAGAUUCUGGUGUUCAAGAAGUUAAAAUAUGCACUGACCUAGAAGCAGCUGAUUCUAACAUCCAGGAAGGUAAAAUAGGCAUUGAGCUAGAAGCAUCUAAUGAAUUGACUUGUACCACUGAUUCAGAUACACAAGAAGUUAAAUUAGACACUGAGCUAGAAGCAACCUGUGAAUUAACUCGAGUAACUGAUUCUGACAUGCAGGAAGUUCAAAUAGACCUUGAGCUAGAAACAUCUAAUGACUUAACUUGUACUACUGAUUCAGAUAUCCAGGAAGUUAAAUUAGGCACUGAACUGGAAUCCUCUAAUAAAUCAAUACGUCCACCUGAUUCUGAUAUCAAUGAAAUUCAAAUUUGCACUGAGCUAGAAGCAUCCAGUGGAUUAAAUGGGACCACAGAUUCUGGCGCCCAGCAAGUUAAAAUGUGCACUGACUUAAGAGCAACUGAUUCUGACAUUCAGGAAGUUAAAAUAGGCCUUGAGCUAGAAACAUCUAAUGAUUUAACUUGUACUGCUGAUUCAGAUACACAGGAAGUUAAAUUAGACACUGAGCUAGAAUCAACCUGUGAGUUAACUGGAGUAACUGAUUCUGACAUCCAGGAAGUUAAAAUAGACCUUGAGCUAGAAACAUCUAAUGAAUUAACUUGUACCACUGAUUCAGAUACACAGCAAGUUAAAUUAGACACUGAACUAGAAUCAACCUGUGAAUUAACUGGAGUAACUGAUUCUGACAUCCAGGAAGUUAAAAUAGGCCUUGAGCUAGAAACAUCUAAUGACUUAACUUGUACUACUGAUUCAGAUAUCCAGGAAGUUAAAUUAGGCACUCAACUGGAAUCAUCUAAUAAAUCAAUAUGUCCACCUAAUUCUGAUAUCAAUGAAAUUCAAAUUUGCACUGAGCUAGAAGCAGCUGAUUCUGACAUCCAGGAAGAUAAAGUAGGCAUUGAGCUAGAAGCAUCUAAUGAAUUAACUUGUACUACUGAUUCAGAUACACAGAAAGUUAAAUUAGGCUCUGAGCUAGAAGCAUCCAAUGAAUUAACUGAAGCAACAGAUUCUGUCGUCCAGGAAGUUAAAAUAUGCCCUCACCUAGAAGCAUCUAAUGAAUUAACGUGUACCACUGAUUCAGAUACCAAGGAAGUGAAAUUAGUUACUGCACUAGAAACUUCAAAUGAGGUAAUUAAAAUAGACUCUGAGUUAGAAGCUAGUGAACAUAGUUCAAAUAAGUGUAAACCUACUGUAGAAUAUGAAACGGAAACAACCAAAAGUUUGAUUUCUGAAAGUAAAAAGAAGAAAAACUUAAAUUCUUCAAAAGAAACUGUUGAAAAAAAUAUAGAACUUAUUUUAGUUACUAACAUUGACCUACAACACUCGUCCGGGAAUACUGAACACAGUUCUAUUAUAGAGGAAUGUCCUAAUUUUAAAGAUGACUUAAAGGUUUCUACUUCAGUAGAAGACACUAUUAUGUCUGUAGAACAAUCUGUGGAAGGAUGUACAGUAGUCCAAGUUCAUUUAGAAGGAAAUCAAGGUCUUUCUGAGGAAUAUGGUAUUGCCGAUGACGUUGCAUCACCUAAUGAUAGCAUAAAUGACCAUAAAGAAAGUACUUCACAAGAAAAAACCGAUUGUUCUGUAAAAAUGGACCAAGAACAAGUAGAAGACCAGCAUAGUACUGCUGCUGAAGAUCAUCUAAAAGAUAUUUUAAUUGAUUCUACCAAUGCAGAAAUAGAGUUGAUAAAGCCUACUUUAACAGAAGACGAAAUUAAAAUAAUAAAAAAAGAAAUUAAGACUCUAAAAGAUAUGCCAGUUGAGACAGAGGAAGAUUCCAAAAAUAUUAAACGAACCAAAGAGCUUCCCAAGGAAAAGAAACCUGAGACGUUACCAAACCCUAAAAAAGAAAUUAGUGAUAACACUGAAGUUACCCAUCACAAACAAAGCUUGACGAAAUUGGACAAAUCAGUUAAGCUAGUUGACCGAAAAUCUCCUUCAAAAGAAGUAACAACACCAAAAAAGUCUUCACCAAUAAAAACCAAAGACGAUAAUAAAAUUACUUCUGCUGUAAAAGAUUCAAAAUCUUCGAAAAAAGCAUCUUUGCCGGUUAGUAGUUCAAAGACUUCAACAUCUAAAAGUACCCCCUCAAAAGUUGGUGUAAAUAAAACUAAAUUAUCACCAAUUAGAACUUCAUUAUCUAUACCUAAGAAUAUUACUGCGAAAAAGGAAGAUGUAGCUAAGGUAACUGUAAAACAUGAAUCUCCUACAAAAUCAUCACCAAAAAAAUCUCCAGUAAAAGACGUUAAUUUAAAAAAAAUAGAAAGUGAUAAUUCUGAAAGUAUCGUUAAAGGCGUUUUAAAAGACGUCGUUGACUUAGCCUGUGCUGGCGACAAAAAUCAAAAUUUACAAAGCGAAAAUAGUGACGUAUUAGUCCAUGAACGAGAAAAAUAAAUGCUACUUUUAAGAUCAGAAUGAAUUUAAUUUUUUGUACUUCGU